AGUCCCGCCAUCUCUUACACCCCACACCUCGAUGGUACCUCUUUGACAAACAGAUUCCUGUGCGUGUUAUGUUUUAGGCCUGUCAUGAUUGUUAGUCACUACAAUUCUUCUGUUUAAGUCUACUUUUUAGUUUUCCACAAGGAAGUCGUAUGGUUUUUGAGACUCGAUGGCUCUUCUAUGGUGCCUUAUUUAAUGACUGAUUCAUGUUUGGAGAACCUAUCAUGCUCUCCAUGUUUCAAUCCUCUCUAACAUUCAAAAACCUAGUUGCCUUGAGCAUUACUACCCACCAAUCCACCCAGAAACAACAUGGCUGAAGAGGAGGCUCUGCCUGAACCCAAUGUGGUGGCUUCGUCAAGUUCUCUCGUUAAAGCGCCACAAGGAAUCAUCUGGGCUUUGAUGAAGGACUAGUACUUCAGACCUUAUGUUGUUCAUCUGGGCUUUUAUGAAGAACUAGUACUUGCUUCUUGGCUUUGGUUUAAUAGUUUGUGUUCUUUUUGUGUAAGUGCAUAUUUUCAACAAGGUAUCCAGUAGUGGUUUCUUUUGAGACUAGACAAAGAUUUUCGCACGAAAUAUUUAUAAAGAACAACCGUAGCUCUGAGCCAAACCAAAAAGCCACCCACCGCCACCGCCACCCAUCCCAAAAACUCCACCUCCCACCUCAACUACCUGUAGAAAAAUAAUAUCUACUAUCAGUGGUCUCUUUUGAUAGUAGACAAAUAGGUUCACGCACAAUUUUCUUGUAGUUUCACUUUCAGGGAACAACCAUACCAAGGAACACUAAAAAUCAACCCAAAUAAAACACACCCCAAAAACCACACCUUCCAUCAACUACCUACAGCGCCUCCACUCCGAAGCUCUACGACCCUUCUACUUUGGCCGAAAAGUGUCUGAGCAGAGACCGACUGACUAAGAAGCCUGAUGCGAAACAGACGCGCUUCUCAAAUUAUGGCUGUUGCUUCUACUAAUUCUGCGUAUUUAACAAGCUUGACUACAUCAUUCCUGAUACAAAACAGUAUGAUCGAGUAUGAUCUAGUAUGACAAAAAUACUUGCCUACUUCUUCACCCCGCCCGAUACUCUUCAAGGACCGACGUCACCAUAGAAAAAAAGGAGUACAGGAAUCAAGUUCAAGCUCAUAGCCGAGUAUCUAUUUGAGAUUAUUCCCUAUCCCACUUGGUUACUAUUUUUAAGAGACAAACAACAAGGAUCAACACCUUCACAGCUUCAACAUCAGAGAAAUUCGUAGAACCCAGAAGAGAUUCAGGGAAGUCGUUGGUCCAAUCCGAACCGACUAGCAUCGUCAUCGUUUCAGUUCACUGAGUACCUUUGUCACCCCCAAAAGUACCAGCACCCUUUUCAUCUCGAUGCUCUUCUAAUCAAAGCCAGCCUGUGUCGUGGAAGUCAAAGUGGAAUAUGACGAGCCAGUAGAAGAGGAGGCUCCCGCAGUACCACCAGUCGAGGGUGAAGAAGCGCCACCAGCGGAAGAAGGAGAGGAAGCGGCUGAGUAUAGAUACUUGUUUCUCUAAUUUCAUUGUUGCGACUAACACUAAAACUAAUGGUUGUUCCUUUUAUGAUGGAUGUUGCUGAGUACAAUACAAGUACAGCACUGCUUGAUUUUAUGAAGACUCUUGAGACAAUCCGAUUUGAUCUUGAUGGAUAGCAACCACUUGUUCUUGUUUCUACUUCUUGAUGAGUUGUUUUGGAACAAAGAAACACGACUAAGAGGUCGUUCUUGUUCCAUAGAUAUUGAUAUUAUAAUCUUAACCAGGCCAGCGCCGCCAGCGCCACCAGAGAAAUGGGUACGAUGUGAGGUGCGAUUUUCGGUAUCACAAAUCGGCUUGACAGCUGCGGAAAUGAGUGCCGGGACUGGUAUUGAUCGUCUAGUUGGGCUUUUUCAUGAUUGGCGGUUUUGAGCAUGUGCUACUCUACUCUCUGUGACUCAGAUUUCUUCUAGUACUACCACCUUUUUUGUGACAUUCAAAUUUCUUCUCAUUUUCUUCCAAUUACAUUCAGGAACCAUGUGCUUGCGUUGUACGCAGAAAGUCGGCUCAACAGAUUGCGAAGUGACUGCUGGAGUCAGCGUCUACUCCGAAGCGUUGGCGGACACACCUCCAGACUUUGCUGCCUGGGCUAGCACUUUGGCGGGAAAUCUGAAGGUACUACGGCUUAAAACGAAAUAGUAGAAAUCUUCACAGUCUAGGUCCUCUACUGCAUCAGAUCAGCUUGUUCAGGACUCUCUCGUGGUCAAACGGAAUCAUCUUCAUCUAACCAUUUCAGUAUAAACUCGAAACCUCCUGUCCCUGCUCACUUCUAAAUCUCUGCUUCCUACAACAGCCUGUCAACACAUCCCAAACAGACCUACUCGGAGAAGAUGGUUUAUUUGGCACCCAACGUGGUAAAGACCAAGGAUGAAGUGUUUUUGCACAAGAUGUUGGCGAAGGCCAAGGGUUUCAAGUGGAUUGACCUAGCGUUGAGUCGCAGUCCCAGUGCACUGGAAUUGUUGGAGAGGUAUUCUUGGGUUUUCUCGUGUAGUUAUUGCAGUGAGAGAUGCCAAUCUGAUAUCUUCAAGUCCAUGUUUAUCUUCCUCACAUCGAUCAUAAAUACGGAGGAAAAAAAAUCAAAAAAAAUUCUUAUCGUGAUCUACUUCCCAUCUUCACCUUCAUUUCGUCUCUAGUUACUUGCGAAGAAGACGAUUCUUUCAAUUUUGAAUCCACCAACUCACAAAAAACAGUGGCGAAAUCGGUGGGAGUCUCGGAUUCUACAAAGACCAGAAGGAUAUUUCGCCUAUUUCGAGAAAUUAA